GAUAAAAAAAAAAAAAAAAAAGAUUCUAAUCGGAGGGACAAACUCAUUUUGAAGAAUCCCAUCGUCCGCUAUCUCAUUGCCCUAAACUGGAGUCGCACUGAACUCAACUGAUCGCUAAGCUCGCCGGGAAUCAUCGUCGUAAUCAGAAACCCCAGGGUUUUUUCCUAGCAGAAGCCAUGUCUUCAUCAUACCUUCCGGCCACAACAGAAUCAAUUGCUCAGGCAUUGGAGGCCAAAGACCAUUCCGAUUCGAUCUCCAUUCUAUAUCGUGUGCUUGAUGAUCCAUCUUCUUCACCAGAAGCUCUGCGGAUGAAAGAGCAGGCCAUCACAAACCUUACUGACCUUCUCAGGCAAGAGAACCGGGGAGAGGAUCUGCGUAGCCUUCUCACUUCAUUGAGGCCCUUCUUCUCCUUGAUUCCCAAGGCAAAAACUGCAAAGAUCGUAAGGGGAAUAAUUGACUCGGUUGCUAAAAUACCAGGGACAUCUGAUCUACAAAUUUCACUUUGUAAGGAAAUGGUGCAAUGGACUCGUGACGAAAAGCGCACUUUUCUGAGGCAACGAGUUGAGGCAAGGCUUGCAGCGCUUCUGAUGGAAACUAAGGAGUAUUCAGAAGCUUUGACUCUUCUUUCCGGGUUGGUCAAAGAGGUUAGGCGAUUAGAUGACAAGCUUCUUCUUGUAGACAUCGACUUGUUGGAAAGCAAGCUGCACUUCUCAUUGAGAAACCUUCCAAAGGCAAAAGCUGCCCUCACGGCUGCAAGAACAGCUGCAAACGCUAUUUAUGUCCCUCCUGCUCAACAAGGGGCCAUAGAUCUUCAGAGUGGAAUACUUCAUGCUGAGGAGAAGGAUUACAAAACUGGAUACAGCUAUUUCUUUGAAGCCUUUGAGUCUUUCAAUGCUCUUGAAGACCCUAAGGCUGUUUUCAGCUUGAAAUAUAUGUUGUUGUGUAAGAUCAUGGUGAAUCAAGCCGAUGAUGUGGGUGGAAUUAUAUCUUCUAAAGCAGGGUUGCAAUAUGUUGGACCUGACUUAGAUGCUAUGAAAGCUGUUGCUGAUGCACAUUCUAAGCGAUCCCUGAAGUUAUUUGAAUCUGCUUUGCAGGCCUACAAGGCACAGUUGGAGGAAGACCCAAUAGUUCACAGGCACCUUUCUUCCCUAUAUGACACCCUUCUGGAGCAGAAUCUUUGUAGAUUGAUUGAGCCAUUCUCAAGAGUCGAGAUUGCACAUAUUGCUGAGCUUAUCGAGCUUCCCAUUGAUCAUGUUGAGCGGAAGAUGUCUCAGAUGAUUUUGGACAAGAAGUUUGCUGGGACAUUGGAUCAAGGAGCUGGAUGCCUCAUCAUAUUCGACGAUCCCAAGACAGAUGCGAUAUAUCCGGCCACUUUAGAGACCAUUUCCAAUGUGGGGAAAGUGGUUGACAGUCUUUAUGUUAGGUCUGCCAAGAUCAUGGCAUGAGCUCUCUAGUUAUUUUACUUCAGUGCCACAUUACUUGAUGUUUUCUUUUCCAUGCUGACUAGUAUAUCAUUUGUUUAGUAUCCUUUUGUUAAACUCAAAAUGUGAAAAACCUAUUUCCUUUGGCGCAGAAUUGAAUGUUUAGUAUUGCUUA